AUGGUUGGCUUGUCUGAAAAGUUCGCCGGUCCAGGUUUAGAAGACUUCGAUAUCUAUCGAAACCUUGGCUUGGACCCUCACGACAAGAGUAGCAGCAUUAACAACAUUGAAGACCUUAAAAGGCUUGCGAAGAAGGCCCAGAUGAAGCUCCACCCAGACAGAUUAAACCGCAUGGAGUCCUCCGCACCUGAAGGCGUAGAUUUGGCCACGCUCAAUGGGCUCGUAGAUCGUUUGGCAAGAUGCCUACACCUACAGGCGGACGCCUUUAUCGAGCUGAAGGAGCGUGCUAAAGAUAAAUGGCGAAGCACAUGGAAGAUCACGGACGAGAUUGGCGACUGGGACCCGCAUGGGCCCUCUCCAUACCCUAAGAAGAGGACUAGACAAAUGGACGCUCAGUAUCCAACCGAUUCAACCACAGGCAGUUGUCCUUGUGAACGACCGCCUGAACCACAUGUGCAUUGUUACGCUAAGAAUAACACGCGUUCGUAUUCAACCAGGGCUCGCCCAGGUGAUACCGAAGAUGAUCCUAUCCCAGUCAUUAGUGACGAUGAGGAAGAGGACGUGCGCCUAGGUUUAGAUGAAGCUCACUCGGUUCACUUAGGUGACAAAAAAGAAGAUCCUAUCCCAAUCAUCAGCGACGAUGACGAAGAAGCUGAUCCUGCAGCUGCCACCUCUUCUAUACCACCGCUUGCCGACCCUCGACACUAUGUUGGCCAAUUUCGAGCUCACAUGCAGCAUACAAACAAUCGCGCAACAUUCAGAUACGAACUGAGCAGUCAACAAUUGAAAGAGUUGGGCGAAAGAUUCGUGCAAUCCGAACAAGGAAACAAAAAUUUUAGUCCGAUUGCUGUCAUUGGGGUGGUACGGAAGCAUGGUGAUCAUGAUACCAAUGCUAUUCCAGAGUACGUGGUAACAGCUUGCCUGGGAUCCAACUCCGUCAGACUGAGAGUUUGGAAUCAAGAUAUCCGCUGCCAAAAAUUGCCAGACUGGGUAAAGGGGAAACGGAGGAGCAUGGUUCGUGAGGAUUUUGGCGCACUGGGCUAUCAAUUUUCUCCUUUUGAUCAUUUGACAAGGAAUGAACUAGAAACACAUUUGAGGAGUAUGGUCAAAGAGUAG